GGAUGACAGCGACUGCAAAUCUUCAGAAAAGCAUACGCCAGCCGGUGGGCUUACAAUGUGCUUUUAUGCAUUGGGUGUAGAGCUAACUAUUUAGCAUUUUCAUUUCGCGUUAUAUGAAAUAAGUAUUUGUGUCUGAGGAGGGACAUUGGGAAAGUUGUUUUGGUUCUAAGUAUUCACAGUCGACGCAGACCGUUAGCUAUAGCUAAACCGGAGAUGUAAAUGAAUCCAGACGGGACCAGCCCCUGGAGCCGGUAGCAGUCAGUCACACCCUUGUCUGGGAUUUCUGAAGGACCUCUGUCUUCGGAAUAACAUGAAAACGCAUGCUAUGGUGUUUCAUGUGAAUUAAAUUUGUGUUUAAGAUUUGUGUUUUGGAGCUUCAGAUUGAGACUGUGAUUUAGCUAAGUGAAGAGUGUGGGUUUGUAUAUGACUGACUCAUCAUCAUGGCUGGGACAGAGAUAGCCCUGAAUAGUCUGUCUACUGCAGUGUCGACUAGAUAGCCUUGUAACUUGCCGGAAAGCUUAGUUAUUUACACAGCCAAUAGUUUUUAUCUACUUCACCUCGUACCUGGCUUGGCAGUAUGAAUACCCCGAUGUACACCUUUGUCACGCGUGACGACAACAGUUCUGUUUAUGCAGAAGUUUCCAAAAUCCUCAUCGCAACUGGACACUGGAAGAGGCUUAAAAAAGACAAUCCGAGAUUCAACCUCAUGCUUGGUGAACGGAACAGACUACCAUUUGGACGUCUGGGUCAUGAACCAGGACUGGUGCAGCUGGUGAAUUACUACAGAGGAGCAGACAAGCUUUGCAGGAAGGCAUCCUUGGUCAAGCUUAUAAAGACAAGCCCAGAGCUGUCUGACUCUCAUAACUGGUUCCCAGAAUCCUUCAUCAUUUAUCCCACUAACCUCAAAACUCCUGUGGCUCCAGCGACCAAUGGCAUUAGCCAUUUAAAGAACAACCCCAAGACAGAUGAACGGGAAAUUUUUUUGGCCUCUUAUCUCAAUAAAAAAGAAAGUGAGGAAGGCACAGUAUGGAUAGCCAAGUCCUCUGCUGGAGCUAAAGGUGCUGGCAUCUUGAUAUCCCAUGACGCUAAUCAGCUGCUGGAGCACAUAGAUAAUCAGGGACAGGUUCAUGUGAUUCAGAAGUACCUGGAGAAACCUCUGCUUCUGGAGCCAGGACAUCGAAAGUUUGACAUAAGGAGCUGGGUGCUGGUGGAUCAUCAGUACAACAUUUACUUGUACCGGGAAGGUGUGCUGCGUACUUCCUCGGAUCCCUACAACAGCUCUGACCUACAGGACAUGACCAGCCACUUGACCAAUCACUGCAUCCAGAAGGAGCACUCGGAGAACUACGGACGAUAUGAAGAGGGGAAUGAGAUGUUCUUCGAUGAAUUCAGGCUGUACCUGCUGAACACUCACAAUGUCGUCCUGGAGACCACCAUAUUACCUCAGAUCAAACAGAUCAUAAAGAACUGCCUGACGUGUAUUGAGCCGACAAUCAGCACCAAGCACCUGUCCUACCAGAGUUUCCAGCUCUUCGGAUUUGAUUUCAUGGUGGACCAGAGCUUCAAAGUGUGGCUCAUUGAGAUCAAUGGGGCUCCAGCUUGUGCACAGAAACUAUAUCCAGAGCUAUGUCAAGGUAUUGUCGAUGUGGCUAUUUCCAGUGUCUUCACUCUGAACAGUGGCUGCGAAACCUCAUCUGCUUCCUCUUCACCAUAUUCCUCCUCUCCAUCCUCCAUGUUCACCACCAACUCCUGCUCCUCUCCCAAACUGAGAGCGCCUCUUCAUGUAGGUCCUUUCACGCGACUGUAAGUUCGCACAUUUCUCCCUCAUCUUGGUAUUAGCAGCUUCUUCCACUUUCUGUCUCACUUGUAAACUCUUGAGAAGUAGCACAUGCCAGCCAGCCAAGCCUUUAUUUCUACCAGUCUCUGUUAGGCAUGGGGGGGGGGGGUCUUCUUCUUAUUUCACUGAACUGCAGACAUUAUGCAUAUUAUGAUUGUGAGGACGGUUAUGCAGAAAGUUUAUUGGGAGUUUCUCAAGAGGACAGAUGCCCUACCAUCUCAGUUUGACCACUGGGUUCUCCACACCUCAGUGGCGGUCUAAAGGAUGCAGAGACACUCCAAAUGAGACUGUAGUGCCUUACAUUUCCAGCCACGCUCACUUAAAAAGACUGCCGAUUAGCAAACUCUUUUUUUGUGACUUUUACCUAAAGCCUUUGCACUGUUGCUAAAACAAAAAGCCAAUGCUGUUAAUGGUCAACAAGAAUUGGGAUAUAAAAAAGUUUGUUGAUAUUUGAGAUCUAUGUAGGUUUGGGUAAUUAUUCAUGUUUUUUUUUCACAAGAAACUUUUUUAUCUUAUUUUUAAUCCGGCCAUCUGCACCCAUUCAUUUCAGUGAGGAAUGCCAACAGUGAUCAGGAAGCUUCAGAGAGGGGAAUGUUUCAAUGUAAGAACUCAAUGUGUCUGAUGAGAUUAACAUUCAAGCUGUCAAGUCUGGCCUUGAAAUCUACAUAGCUCUUAGCUUGACUUUAUGGAAACAACAUUGAGGGCAGCUAGAAUACACAAAGAGAAGACCGUCCAUCAUGUGGUAAACUCAGGUUUAAGUCUGUCCCAACAAAUUCUGAUGAAUCGUUCCGGCUUCUGACAUCUGUAUCGCAAGAAGGAAAGAGAAAAGAGAUCUCUAGCAAAGUGAUUAAGAAGAAAGCAUUGGCUUACAUGAUUCCUUUCUUAAAGGUAGAGACAAAAGCAUUUUUCAUUGCAGUUUGUAAACACAACAUUCAAACUGGACCCCUCCUCCUCCUAUGCUCAUCGCCCUCCUGAAGCGAAUACUCACUGCAGUAUGUAGUGUGUACUGCUUGUAC